UGACGAAAGGCUGGGGAUACAGCUUUGAAUGCCACUGGCUGGCAGAGAGAAGCCAGGAGACUCAUUCCCAGCACUAAACAAAGGCCUACUGAUCUUUGACCCCUGCCCCUCCCAAGCGCCUUGGCCCUCUUCUCACCUCCUUUCUUCCUUGUGGGCCUCUCCCUCCCUCCGUUCUCUGUCCCCUCAUUUUCCUCUAUGCUCUUGCCUGGCCUGGCACUUUCCCCCAGCUCCUUGCCCAGUCCUGUCUCUCCAUGCUGUCUUCAAGCCCUGCUCCCUGUACAUCUCCCAGCCCUGACACGGACAACCCAGACAAGAAGGUCCGCUGGGCUGCCGAGGAGAGGAGGAGGAGGACUUCAUCCACAGACUCAGAGUCUAAGAGUCACUUGGACGUUUCUAAGUUGCCCCGGUCCCGGAGACCCAGCCGGCUGACGGUGAAGUACGACCGCGGUCAUCUGCAGCGCUGGCUGGAGAUGGAGCAAUGGAUAGACACCCAGCUUCAGGGACUCUUCCAGGGUCAAGACGAUCCUUCUGAGCCUGAGAUUGAUCUGGAAGCUCUCAUGGAACUGCCCACAGAAGAGCAGAGGACUCAGCUGGAGGCCAUUCUCCAAGACUGCCCCCGUGACAGAGAGCCUUUUAUCUCCGAGCUGCUUAGUCAACUCAAGAGACUUCGGAGACUCAGCAGGCCUUUGAAAUAGUCCUGCAGAUACCAUCUUCUGCAGCCUCAGCACUUCCAGGAUACACAGGA